CCGCUCCCAUCACCGCUCCUGCCAUCGCAUCCUGGCCGCGCGCCCGCACAUACAGCUAGAAACACACACCAGGAGCUUUAUCCAAGAUAAUACACAUCUAGGAACCGAUAUCGUGCUUUGCAGCACCGUAAUGGAUUCGUCGCGCGGGGAGUUCGCGUCCCUCCAAGCGCGCCUCGACACCUUCGCCGCGCCCAAGACCAAAGCGCGUCGCCCAUCUGCUCGCGGAAAGAAAGCAGCGCCCAAAGCCGCUCCCAAAGGUGGAUGGCCGCUGGAAUUUCCGCGCCCCGAGGAACUUGCAUAUGCCGGCUUUACUUUCAAGCCAACCUCGGCGAGCCCGGAUAAUGUGCAGUGUUUCCACUGCCAGACGCAGCUCGACGGCUGGGAGCCAAAUGAUGUUCCUGCCUACGAGCAUCUCACCCAUUCUCCAGAAUGCGGAUUUGCUCUGAACCUGUGCAUACGCCUCAGGGAUGGAGAUCCCGGCCGCAACGAGGAGGAUCCGCUCAGCGAGCGCAUGAUAGAGGCGCGUAGGGAGACUUUUCAGGACCUCUGGCCCCUAGACACCGCAGCAGGCUAUCCGAGCAUUGAGCAGAUGGUUGAGGGUGGAUGGUACUUUGAUCCGAGCCAUGACCAGCCCGAUGGCGCUACAUGCCCUUACUGCAGCCUGUCCCUGGACGCAUGGGACAUUGGUGAUGACCCAACUGAAGAGCACCGCAAGCGGAACGACGACUGCUUGUUCUUCACGCUCAAAGAAUAUUACCACCCUGCACAAACUAAGAAAUCGAAAGCUGCUCGCAGCAAACGGUCAUCUACCCGGUCAUCGACAGCCAGCACACGGACGAAGAAGACUACUCGCACGAAAAACGCCAUUUCCAAAGAUGAUGUCAACAAACCACUACCGCCCGCACCAGACGAGACCAGGGUGAGUUCGAUCAUCGCGUCAUUUCCGGACCUUGCCAAUGCGUCGAUGAUGUCUAUUGCACCGCCGGCGCCUCCUAGAAGGGGUCGCAAAGCAAAGAUCGCUUCUACUACAGAUGAGACGAUCAUGUCCUCAGUUACUGAAUCAUUGGCUGCUGGUGCUGGGCUCUCGAUGAUCUCCAUUCCUCCCAAAGCGCCGCCUGCGAAGAGAGGCCGUAAGCCCCAAAGCUCUUCUAUCCUCGACGAAGCGCCUGUACAGCCGUUUGCCGAGCCAUCUGCCGAUUCGAUUGCAAGUCCAGACGCAUCGGCACCCACUAAAGCGCCCGCAAAGAAGGGACGGAAACCGAAAGCUGCCGCAGCGCAAGUGGGGGCAGCAGGAGAGCCUUUCGCAGAGUCAUUCGCAGGCUCAGUUGCAUCCACCAUGUCCAAAGCGCCAACGAAGGCACGCCAUACUAGGAAAGCACCAGAGCGCGUUUCCGCCAUAUCAACAACAUCGACAACGCGCACUACCCGUGGUACGAAGCGUCAAAGCGAGGCGGUGGAGAUGGAAAUCGACAUGGAGGAGCAGAUGCCGUCGGCGAAGCGCACCAGGCUCAGCGACAUCUCGUUGCCACAGUUUGAAUCAACACCUGUGCACACACCUAAGGAGUAUCGACAGGAGAAGAUGAAGAGCCCAGCUUCGCGGUUCAAUGCAACCCCAAGAGCGACUCGGCCUGUGCAAUCGCUCAAGAGCCCCGGCCCGGUUUCCGUCCGUAGCCCCCUAGCUGUGAGAAGUCCCAUGCGUGCAGAACCGCAGACGCCUGAAGAGCCUCACACUCCAAAAGCUGUCUCCUCUCCAGUAUUCAAAUGGGAUCCUAUCGUUAUUUCCAAUAUCGUCACCGACGCCGGUCUUGAAAAAGAGGACAUGGACAUCGAUAUGGCUGAUACGACCGAAAACAUUACGAAGGCUGUUUUAGCCAGUCUCACAAGCCCCGAAAAACGCAUGACGAUCGAAGAGUUUGUCUUGCACAAUGCCAAGCGUGGAGAAGAGAAGCUGAGGCUCGAGUGUGAGCGCCAGAUUGCUGCAUUUGAGGCCGAGGGUCGCAGAGCAUUGGCUGCGCUAGAUGCUUAUUAGCAGGAUAUGUGCAGCUUUUGGACUUUCGACGGCACUGACGAUUGACUUCACGACUAUUGGGAUGGACUGUGGUGGUUUUGGCGUUUUGGGUUGUUUUUCUCUUGGUCUUUUGUUUGGUCCGUGGCUCCUUUGUUCAGCUGGCGCCAUACCCCGUCACCCAAUCGCGGCUUGAGCUCUAAAGGUCGUAGGCCUGGAAUGGCCUCCCCAGGAGCAAGAAUAGCCAGGUUGGGGGUCACGUUGAGGUGAGGCUAGGCCUUUCGGAUCCAUAAUUUUUCUUUCAUUGUUCGCGUUAGACCUGGGGACUACUGGGCUUGGUUUGAAGUGCCUCUUGCGAAGGCUUACUUUCUCUGUAUUAUAUCUGAUGAUACCACUGUUCGUUGUACAAACGAGAUAGACCUGUACUAUAAAGGGUUUUUUAAGUGUGCUUUACCAC